AUGGACUCGGUCGGAUGCGUCUACUCGCACACGAGCAACACUGUCGUCCCGACCAGCCUCCGUCCGCACCCGCACACCACCGCCGAGCGACUCGCCACGCUGUACAGCAAGGUCAAAGACGACAUCGCGGUUCUCGUCGCCGCCGUCGUCGACUUUGAGCAUGGCGAGCACGCCGUGCCGGACCGCUUCGAGCUCGUCUCGACGUCGAGCGGGUACAAGCUGCUGUGCGAGCGUCGCGCGCCUGGGCAAGUUGAGCAGCGGUGGGUCUGGUCGCACGAGGGCGAGCGCGUCGACUGGGCGAGGUGCAGGUGGAGAUUCGAGCUGCGCAGCGCAGACGAGGCGCCGGCCGAGCUUGAGGACGGCUCGAGCGCGUGA